GUACAUGUGUCAUUUGAAAGCAGCUGCUGAGCCUUCUCCCUGCUGCUCCAAUUAACACAUACCGCACACUUUUGUCAGCAAGAGGCAGUGCACAUGGAUGAAACCACUUUACUGCUCAUUAGGAGGAUAUGCAAGAGUGCACAAAGGGUUAAGCAAUCUGCGCAUCGCAAAAGGGAGCUUUCCAAGAAGUUUCCCAAGUCCUGAGCUUUGCUAGAAAGGGUGUUAGAUUAGGGGGUGGGAUUAGCAGGUGAGAGAAAGUUGGUUUGUGUCUAGCUUUGGUUCGGUCCAUUGACUGGCCUGUUUCCCCGCCCCUCUCUUCUCCUCCACCCCCGCCCCUGAUGAUGGAGAUACCGGAUAGUGAAAUUCUAGUGCGGGGACUCCCCUCAGCUGAAUCUCGUGUUGAACUUUGUUCUCUUUUGUUUUAAAGCUCUUUGAAGGCAAAAGCUUCACUGUAUUUUUUUCUCUUUCAUCGUCUUUAUCAUUUUACUUUCUCCCUCUUUUCCUUUUUUUUUUUUUCUUUUUUAAAUUGCACAUCUGACAGUUGACCAGGCAAAGUAAGAAAUCUUGUCAAGGCAAACCCCUAUCGCUGUUAUUUUUCCCUCCCGUGGCGAAAACCGUCAGGUUUUGUGCUACCGUGGAUGGUAGCACAGAGGCAGAUGGAAGGGUAGCGCGGCAGGGUCGGUGCGAGGCAUUCAUGCUCCACCAGCUCCCGGAGCAGCUGGGCUGUCUCCACUCCACCGCUGGCUGAGUCGGCUGCGCGGUGAGGGAGAGAUGGACCGCUUCCUGGGUUUCGUCAAGCAAAUAAGGAGAUCUAGGAGAAGAAAGGGGAAAAAGUACCGUCCAGAAGAGGAUUACCACGAGGGCUAUGAGGAUGUCUAUUAUUACGCUUCAGAGCAUUUUCGAAAUGAGAGUCCCUACACUAAAUCCGCCAGCCAGACAAAGCCGCCUGAUGGAGCAUUGGCUGUGAGGAGACAGAGCAUCCCAGAGGAAUUCAAGGGCUCCACCGUCGUUGAGCUGAUGAAGAAGGAAGGCACAACCCUCGGAUUGACGGUGUCCGGAGGAGUUGACAAGGAUGGCAAGCCAAGAGUAUCUAAUCUGCGACAAGGAGGAAUUGCUGCUAGGAGUGAUCAGCUGGAUGUAGGUGACUACAUCAAAGCCGUGAAUGGGAUCAACCUGGCCAAAUUCCGUCAUGAUGAGAUCAUCAGUUUGCUGAAGAACGUUGGGGAAAGAGUGGUUCUUGAAGUUGAAUAUGAGCUGCCGCCAGUCUCUGUCCAAGGAUCGAGUGUUAUUUUCCGAACAGUGGAGGUUACGUUACAUAAAGAAGGCAAUACAUUUGGUUUUGUAAUACGAGGGGGAGCACAUGACGAUAGAAAUAAAUCUCGUCCCGUUGUGAUAACAUGUGUUCGUCCUGGAGGGCCUGCUGACAGAGAGGGCACAAUCAGACCCGGUGAUAGGUUGCUCAGUGUGGAUGGAAUUCGCCUUCUCGGGACCACGCAUGCUGAAGCCAUGAGUAUUCUUAAACAGUGUGGACAAGAAGCAACGCUGCUGAUAGAAUACGAUGUCUCAGUGAUGGAUUCUGUGGCAACAGCAUCCGGGCCAUUACUAGUUGAAGUUGCCAAAACACCUGGUGCCAGCCUUGGGGUUGCCCUUACUACCUCGAUGUGCUGUAACAAACAGGUCAUUGUCAUAGACAAAAUUAAAUCUGCAAGCAUUGCAGACAGAUGCGGCGCACUGCACGUGGGGGACCACAUCCUGUCCAUCGAUGGAACCAGCAUGGAGUACUGCACGCUGGCGGAAGCCACCCAGUUCCUGGCCAACACCACCGACCAGGUCAAGCUGGAGAUCCUUCCCCAUCAUCAGACCCGCCUGGCUCUGAAGGGACCUGACCACGUGAAAAUUCAGAGGAGCGACAGGCAACUCACCUGGGAUUCCUGGGCCAGCAACCACUGCAGCCUUCACACCUACCAUCACCAUAACAUGCACCACCCCGACCAUUGCCGAGUGCCUGCCCUGACACUCCCGAAAGCGCCUCCUCCAAACAGCCCUCCAGCUUUGGUGUCUUCAUCCUUCUCUCCUACCUCCAUGAGUGCAUACAGCCUGAGCUCCCUGAACAUGGGGACUUUACCUCGCAGCCUCUACUCCACUAGUCCACGUGGAACCAUGAUGCGGAGGAGACUGAAAAAGAAAGACUUCAAAAGCUCACUGUCUUUAGCCUCCAGCACUGUGGGCCUGGCUGGGCAGGUGGUUCACACAGAAACCACAGAGGUGGUGCUGACAGCAGACCCUGUCACAGGGUUUGGGAUCCAGCUGCAGGGCAGCGUGUUUGCCACUGAGACUCUCUCCUCUCCACCUCUGAUAUCCUAUAUUGAAGCCGACAGCCCAGCAGAGAGAUGUGGGGUACUACAGAUCGGAGACAGAGUGAUGGCCAUUAAUGGAAUUCCAACUGAAGACAGCACCUUCGAGGAAGCCAAUCAGCUCCUCCGAGACUCUUCAAUCACGAGCAAGGUCACACUGGAAAUCGAGUUUGAUGUUGCAGAGUCUGUCAUCCCAAGUAGUGGAACAUUUCAUGUAAAGCUCCCUAAAAAGCACAAUGUGGAACUUGGAAUAACCAUAAGUUCACCAUCCAGUAGAAAACCAGGAGACCCCCUAGUCAUCUCAGAUAUCAAAAAAGGCAGUGUGGCACACAGAACCGGAACCCUGGAACUUGGGGAUAAAUUACUUGCAAUAGAUAACAUUCGGCUGGACAAUUGUUCCAUGGAAGAUGCGGUUCAGAUCCUCCAGCAGUGUGAAGACCUGGUGAAGCUCAAAAUCCGCAAAGAUGAGGAUAACUCAGACGAACAAGAAAGUUCCGGAGCAAUUAUUUACACUGUGGAGCUUAAGCGCUAUGGGGGGCCCCUCGGCAUCACGAUUUCAGGAACUGAAGAGCCAUUUGAUCCCAUCAUCAUCUCAAGCCUCACUAAAGGGGGAUUAGCUGAAAGAACUGGCGCAAUCCACAUCGGAGACCGAAUCCUAGCCAUCAACAGCAGCAGCCUGAAAGGGAAGCCUCUGAGCGAAGCCAUCCAUUUGUUACAGAUGGCAGGAGAGACUGUCACCUUGAAAAUUAAGAAACAGACAGAUGCUCAGUCAGCAUCAAGUCCCAAGAAAUUCCCCAUUCCCAGCCACUUGAGUGACCUGGGAGAUGUGGAGGAGGACCCGUCCCCCACGCAGAAGCCGGGCAAACUCCCCGACACGUACCCCUCCACCGUGCCCAGUGUGGACAGUGCUGUGGACUCGUGGGACGGCUCUGGGAUCGACGCCAGCUAUGGGAAUCAAGGCACUGGCUUUCAGGCCUCAGGAUACAACUUCAACACCUACGACUGGAGGAGUUCCAAGCCGAGAGGUAGCUUGUCCCCCGUCACUAAGCCUCGAAGCCAGACUUACCCAGAUGUGGGGCUGAGUAAUGAAGACUGGGACCGGUCCACAGUCAGCGGUUUCACAGGGGUGCCCGACAGUGCCGAGGCCGAGCAAGAGGAAAACUUCUGGUCCCAGGCGCUGGAAGAUCUGGAGACCUGUGGACAGUCAGGGAUUCUGAGAGAGCUUGAGGAGAAAGCUGACAGGCGUGUGUCUUUGAGAAACAUGAAUCUCUUGGCAACAAUCAUGUCGGGGAGCACGAUGAGUUUGAAUCAUGAGGCCCCAACACCUCGCAGUCAGCUGGGGCGACAGGCCAGCUUCCAGGAACGGAGCAGCUCUCGGCCACACUAUAGCCAAACAGCACGGAGCAAUACCCUGCCCUCCGAGGUGGGCAGGAAGUCUGUCCCCCUGAGAAAAAUGAAACAAGAAAUAAAGGAGAUCGUGUCCCCAACUCCUGUGGAGCUGCACAAGGUGACCUUGUACAAAAGCUCAGACAUGGAGGACUUCGGGUUCAGCGUUGCAGAUGGCCUGCUGGAGAAAGGCGUGUAUGUCAAAAACAUUCGCCCCGCCGGGCCAGGCGAUCUUGGUGGCUUAAAGCCCUAUGACAGGCUCUUACAGGUCAAUCACGUCCGAACGAGAGACUUUGACUGCUGCCUCGUCGUGCCCCUCAUCGCAGAAUCUGGUAAUAAGCUGGACCUGGUUAUUAGCAGAAACCCACUGGCUUCACAGAAGUCCAUAGAACAGACUCUACCAGGAGAAUGGAGUGAACAGAACAGUGCUUUUUUCCAACAGCCCAGCCACGGUAGUAAUCUGGAGAUCCGAGAACCCACUAACACCUUAUAGCAACGCUUUUUAUAAAGCAGGACAAAAGACAGUAUCUACAUGGUGCUAAAAAAAAAUCCCUUUGAGAUUUCUGUGACAUUUGAAGCACAGAUGAUCACGUGGCAUUAAGUGCAAGCACAGGGGUCUUUUAAAUCUCUCACGGCUCAUGUUCACUUCCCUUUCCAAGUAGAAGAGGUUACUUUUUUGGCGACCACUACGGUAUCUGGCAGAUGAUUCGCUGCCAAGCCCCAUGGUAGAGAAAAAGAAAAAUAGGUAGGCCACCCCUCCACGAGGAACAUCGGAGGAACUUUUUUACAAGUUCAUCUUCCUAUCACUUUUUGAAAAAAUGUCUGUUUAAAAAUAUUCUCUAUGAUAAUUUCCUUAAUUCACUUUGAAAUCAGUUUCUUACUAUGAAGUCAUUAAUGUAAGAACUUGACCAACAAGGCUUUUCAUAAAGCUGGCUCUGCUAGAGGAACUAGUUGGGUAACUGCUGGGACUGGCUGCUGCUAGGGGAGGGGUACAGGGACACAAUUAUCUUAAAAUGUUUCAGCAACGAUGCACGCAGGAGAUCCUAAUAGGUGGUGGUAACUGUUUUGCCCAAGUAGAGGAAUGAUUUUAACUAAGAUGUAUGCUAUUCCCUAUGCAACAAAUUAUCAAACAGGAUAUGUCUUGUGACCUGUUGCUUUUUUUUUUUUUAGGGACACAUUUUUAAUAGCUGAAAAUCUCUGAUAAUGAAUUAGAGUGUUUAGUAACACUGAGAGUUAGUUAUCUUAUUUUUAAAAUUCAGGACUAAGAAUUUAAGAAUUAAGUCUAUUAAAAGGUUUAUCUUAAUGAUAGGCGAAUCAAACUCAUCUUGCUCGACAUGUUUUAAAAACUGGUUCUACUGAGGGGUGUACAGCACAUGUACUUAAAAAUGACAUCGGACUGCGUUUAGUUCUGAGCCAUGCCACUCACCGAAAUUGUAAAUACAUUUUCCACAGAAUGCGUUGCCAAUUAUCACCAUCCCUCAAAGCAAUAAAUUGUGACAGUUGCAGUUAAUGUCUGUCAGCAACUGUUUUCAUCUGUCCGGAUAUUUUGAAUAGUUACACUAAUAACUGUUAUUUGGUGAAUAUAAAAAAAUAGAUAUGUAUAUCAAUUAUAGAAUCUCCAUAUUGAAACAGUUAUUUUCCAAACAUUUCCAUUUCAAUCAAUAACUCAAACAACCGCUUAGAUGAAGCACUUGAACACUGUGUCCUUUGUUUAAGGAAAACCUUCACCUUUCUUUGUGUGCAAAGAAAUAUAUUAUUUCAAUCACAUUUCAGGACCGCCAGGGCAAGAAAGUAUAAAGCAGAAUCAUGUUAAG